AUGACGAAGCCUCUCACGAUCCGAGUGAACGGCGAGUCGAGCAUCACCCGCCUCGCCGAACAAGGCAUCCUGCGGCUGACGGUGAUUUCGGAGGGCCCCGAGUUGGACUCGGUGUCGCAGCAGGUGGUAACCAAGUCUAACGAAUUGAGCGAACUCUUUAAGACGCUCUCUCUCAGAACCAACGAUGGUGCGACAUCCGUCGAUGCACCGGUCGCCCGGUUCGCCUCGACUUCGCUCCGGACCAAAAGUCAUACCCCAUACAGAAAUGAAGUAGCCUUACCCAGGGUGCAUCAAGCGUCCAUGUCCCUCCGGAUUGUCUUCCGCGACAUCAAAACACUGAGUCAAGUCAUCGGGCAACUGGUGCCCCAGUCGACCGUCGAAAUCAACUCGAUCGAAUGGAACCUCAGCGACGCGACUCAGGCCGCGCUAUGCUCGCAAGCGCGCCGGGAAGCCAUUCGGGAAGCCAUCACCAAGGCCAACGACUAUGCCAAAGAGGUGGGCCGGGAAGUGCAACCGACCCUGAUCUCAGACCAUGGCACAAAUUCCUGCGCUCAGCAUCUCGAGGGCUCUGUGUUCCCUGGUGCUUCCUUAUUUGGGCAGGCAAAUCCAUCAGCAAGAGGAAGAAGAGCCAGAAGAGAGGCCUUGUUAGCCUGCAUGAGCGGCAGCAGCGAUGAUCCUACCGACCAGGAGUUGGUGUCGGACACGCUCGAACUCAGUCCGCCCGAUAUUCUUGUGACGGUGUCUGUGACUGUCGAGUUUGAGUCAAUUGGAUAG